GGUCACCUAGAGCGCUACAAUUUGGGGGGCGGCGACUGCGGAGGUAUUUCGGCGGCGGGACCUUCCAUCGCCUAGGGUGGCCGAAAAGCUGGUGGCGCCCCUGGAGGGGGAGAUGGGCUCAGAUCCUGUCCCACAGAGAUGGGGGUAGAGGAAGAGAGACGGGAGGAGAGGGAGGUACUGGGGAGGGAAGGAUGCAUGGAUUGAUGGAGGAGUGCGGGGGGCAAUGGAUGGUUAUGUUGAUACAAUUACUCCGUGGAACUCCCUGCCACAGGAUAAUUAUCCCCCCCCCACUGAGCCUGUGGGCCUCCCCCCACUAGAUCUCACUGCAGGAGGUGCUGAGCAGGGCUGGCUGGGGGCUGACAUGGAGCGCACGGUUUCCUAGAGAGGGGCCUAUAUAAGACAAAGCUGCAAAUAUCGGGACUGUCCCUAUAAAAUCGGGACAUCUGGUCACCCUACUGGAUCCAGGGAGGGGCUGACCCCAACUGGCAGGGCUGGGGGAGCCGCGCUGUGGUCUCGAGAGGGUUGUGCUCCUCCCUGGGGGGCACCUGGGCUAGAUGAGGAGAAAGAGAGAGAGAAGGAAAGAGGGAGAUGGCAAAGGGAAAGAGAAAGAAAGAAAGGUAGGUAGAUGGAGGGACAGAAAGAAAAGGAAAGAUGAAGUGAUGAUUGAAAGAAAAGUUGAAGUGAAAGAACAAGAAAAAGAAAGAUGGAGUGAUAGAAAGAGAAGAAGAAAGGAAGAGAAAUGGAAUGAUAAAAGGAGAAAGAAAAGAACGGGACAGAGAAGUGGAGUGAUGGAAAGAACAAGACAGAAGUGGAGUGAUGGAAAGGAAAAGCGGGAGCGAGGAGGAACUGAAAGGGGGAUGCAGCCAGCAGAAGGGAAGUGGCUCUGGGCCGGCCGGGGGAGGAGUCUGGCUCCCCCGCGGGUCGGUCGCUGGGAGCCGGGGCUCCAGCUCCAUGUGAGAGCGAGGGAGCGAGCCGGAAACAGGGACCGCUGGGGAGCAGAAACCCCCUGGCAGAAGGAGAACUCCGCGCUGGAAGGAGGGAGCGAGAAAUUCCCCGAGGGAGGAGUGCCGGGCAAGAGAUCUCUGUAUAACCUCCGGGCGAGCGAGUGAGAGGUGCCGAGGGCAGAACUGGGCGCCGGAAAGGGGGAGCAAGAAAAGCCCCCGGGGAGAAGUCUCAGCUGGAAGGCGAAUAUUCCCGGGCUGGCGAGCCCCGUGUAAACCGGAGCAAGGGAAGGAAGCAGGCGACGAGAAGGAGGAAGCCGAGCGAGAUCAAACCGGUCUCGGGUUUCCAGGCUGCGCUCUCUCCCCUCCUCCGCCGGGUAUAGGACGGAAAAGGGAAACGAGUAAACAAGGAGAGACAAGCGCUGAGAUUUCGUGAGCAAGGGGCCGGAGCGGCCGGUUCCAGAGAGCUCGGACUGAACCGCACCAGAACCAGUUUCCGAUCCGGGUCUGGAAGGAACCAGCUGCCGUCAGAACCAGAGUGCCAGGGACAGAACUGGACCAGUUCUAGGGGACACAAGCCCAGAACUGAUGUGAGAGGGAACUGGAUCUGCGUGUCUGGCACCAGAAUCAGAGGCCCCAAACCAGCCUGGUUCUAAGGGUACCAGAUACAGAGUGUGAAACAGAACAACAGUCCCAGUCCAGAACCAACUGGGUUCUAGGAGGUUCAGACCCAGACCGAGACAAAACUAAUCCAGUCCCAGGGAAUCCAGAAUCAUCUGGGUUCUAGAUGAUCUGAACCCAGAACUGGCCCAGUUCCAGGGACACCAGAACCAGCUGGGUUCUAGGAGAUCUGAGUCCAGAACAACAGAGACAGAACCACUCUGGUUCUAGGGGAUCGAAGCCUAGAACCAAGAAGACAGAACCAGCUGGGUUCUAGGGAGCCAGAACCAGAACAGGAGGGAGAUACACAGAACCGCUCCGGUUCUAAAAGAUCUGAGUCCAGAACCAGCAGGACAAGACCAUUCUGGCUUUAGAAGAUCUGAGUCCAGAACCAGCCCAGUUCCCAGGCAUACGUGUCCAGUACAAGUGACUCCGAAGCAGCCCAGUUCUAGGACCCAGCUGGCUCCGGAUCCACUCCGGAUCGGUGCCCAGUGUUCCCCAGCACCGUCUGGUCCAGUCCCCUACCAUGGAGGAGGGUGCACGGCGCCGGGGCGGUUCCGAGAAGGCCACAGAUGGCCCAGAUCAGCCGGCAGAGGGUGGCGUGGGCCUCAAGAAAGAGAUCGGGCUAGUGAGCGCCUGCGGCAUCAUCGUGGGUAACAUCAUUGGGUCGGGGAUCUUCGUGUCGCCGAAGGGCGUGCUGGAGAAUGCGGGCUCCGUGGGGCUGGCGCUGCUUGUGUGGAUCAUCACGGGGCUGAUCACGGCCGUGGGGGCGCUGUGCUACGCGGAGCUGGGUGUCACCAUCCCCAAGUCCGGCGGCGACUACUCCUACGUCAAGGACAUCUUUGGGGGGCUGGCUGGGUUCCUGCGGUUGUGGAUCGCGGUGCUGGUGAUCUACCCCACCAACCAGGCCGUCAUCGCCCUCACGUUCGCCAACUACGUGCUGCACCCGCUCUUCCCCACCUGCCUGGCGCCUGAGGGCGGGCUCCGCCUCUUGGCGGGCGUGUGUCUGCUGCUGCUGACAUGGGUGAACUGCGCCAGUGUGCGCUGGGCGACGCGGGUGCAGGACAUCUUCACGGCCGGGAAGCUGCUGGCCCUGGCGCUCAUCAUCAUCAUGGGCAUCGUGCAGAUCUGCAAGGGGCACUACUACUGGCUGGAGCCGCGGCACGCCUUUGAGUCCUUCGCACAGGUGGACGUGGGCAUGGUGGCGCUGGCGUUCCUGCAGGGCUCCUUCGCCUACGGCGGCUGGAACUUCCUCAACUACGUCACCGAGGAGCUGGUCGACCCCUACAGGAACCUGCCGCGGGCCAUCUUCAUCUCCAUCCCCCUGGUGACCUUCGUCUACGUCUUCGCCAACGUGGCCUACGUCACCGCCAUGUCGCCCCAGGAGCUGCUGGCCUCCAACGCCGUGGCCGUGACGUUUGGGGAGAAGCUGCUGGGUGUCAUGGCCUGGAUCAUGCCCAUCUCCGUGGCCCUGUCCACCUUCGGGGGUGUGAAUGGCUCCCUCUUCACCUCCUCCCGGCUGUUCUUCGCAGGAGCCCGUGAGGGCCACCUCCCCAGCCUGCUGGCCAUGAUCCACAUGCAGCGCUGCACCCCUAUCCCCGCCCUACUCUUCACCUGCCUGUCCACGCUGCUGAUGCUGGUGACGAGUGACAUUUACACCCUGAUCAACUACGUGGGGUUCAUCAACUACCUGUUCUAUGGGGUGACCGUGGCUGGGCAGAUCGUGCUGCGCUGGCGCCAGGCCCACAUGGCCCGGCCCAUCAAGGUGAGCCCGCCCCCUACGCCCGUUCCCCACCCCCAGCCCCACAUGGCCCGGCCCAUCAAGGUCAGCCUGUUCUUCCCCGUGCUCUACCUGCUCUUCUGGGCCUUCCUGCUGCUCUUCAGCCUGUGGUCAGAGCCGGUGGUGUGCGGCGUGGGGCUGGCCAUCAUGCUGACCGGGGUGCCCGUCUACGGGCUGGGCGUGGCCUGGCACCACAAGCCACCCGCCGUCUACACCUGCCUGGCGGCGGUGACGCGGGUGACCCAGAAGCUCUGUGGGGUGGUGUACCCUGAGAUGGAGCCCCCCGACCCUGAGCGCACCGAGCAGCUGGAGCCCAUGUGCAACACCGGGGACCCUGACAAGCCCCACGACUGAGCCCUCCACCCUGCCAUGGACUGCGCCCCACGGUGCCCACGGCACCCGCCCCACAUCCCGCUCCCCACGGCGCCUACUCCGCUGCCCCCAUCCCACUCCCCACGGCACCCUACAGCCCCCGCCCCGCUCCCCCUGGUGCCCACCCCCGCCAAUGGCCCCCGCUCCCCAUGGCUCCCUACAGCCCCCACUCCACUCCCCACGGCCCCCGCCCUGCCCCGCUCCCCACACUCCAAUCCCCAUGGUGCCCACCCCUCCUACAGCCCCCACCCCACUCCCCACGGCGCCCCCUGCUGGCAGAGGUGGGAGCUUCAUCACUCGCAGAUGCCUUAACCCCGUUCUCUGGCCCCCAACGUUUGGGCCCCGACUUUGUGGCCUUUUCCACCAUUUGUUUCUGGUUUUCGAUGUAAUAAAUAUAGUGACCUCA